ACAUGACUGUUUGGCUUCCCGUGGAAAACAAAGUUGUAUCCUUAGCUUGUACAGUUGUGUUUGAGCUCAACGUGCUUGGCUACCAUUGAAAAACAAAGUCGUGUCCUUUGGAUAAUUGAAGAAUUUAGCUUACCUAAUUUCAUUCUGCGAUUUUGAAGUGUUCUUUGGGGAAUAGUAUCUUCCCGAUUGCUGUUUACCCUUUAGGGUUCUCUCCAUCUGUUUUGCAUCUCCUGGACAGAUAUACACAUGUAUAAUUGCAUACAGUACGAAUGCCUGAAACAAAAGAUAGGAUCUUUGUGCAUAAUUUAUGAUCCUUUAAAGGAAAACAACGAGAAGAGGGAUUAGUCCUUAGUCUUGUAAUCGUCUCAAGAGGGAUGUAGCAAGUAUAAAGAGUAUCCCUCAACAGCUGAUGCUAUUGGACGUGUGUUUGAAUGUUCAGACUUUAAAUUGAGCAGCCAAGAGACUUCCUAUCUUUUGAAGUCAAGCUUUAAGUUGGAUCUACCUGCAGAUAGAGUGCAACCUAUUUCAGCCAUGCAGAGGAGAGCCUACCUGGACUCCAUAGUUAUUCCCAGUCUGGCAUACCAGAGCUAGAUUCCUUUGAGACAAUGCCUAAUUUUGGGUGGGAUGAAACUGAUCCUGAGCAUCAGAAGCUGCUUCCGAUGCGCACUGUAAUUGAAAAGUUAAGUUCUGCUGCAAGUGUAUGGCAAUGGAAACCAAGCGAAUCCAUAUUUAAGUUGGUUAUGAUGCUUUUCCUUCUGAAAAUGAAAGAAACUUGGGGGAUUGCUAGCUCACUUGCACAGAGCUCAGAGAAAAUAAAUGAGAUUGCUUGCUGCUAUGCCAAGGAGGGUAAACUGAUUGAGUUAUCUAUUAUACUAAUGGUGGCAAGGGAGAAGGUCAUGCGCCCAAUUGUCUUUCAGAUUAGGGGCGAGAAAUCUCAUAGGUCCAUGACAUUUCUACAGUUCGUCAAUAGUGAAUUGGCCCAAGCAAUUGAUCUGGAGUGCAGAUUAACUGGAAGAAAGACAAAGCUAGAAGAAGAGCUGAAAAAGCUAUGCAAACAAAGGAAGUUGGUUAUGAUGUCUGCUCUUGGGCUGCUAGAAAUUUUUGAGAAGGCUGGUGCUGCCUUUCAAACAUACUUUUGGUCAGAGAGAGGAAAUGUGCAAAAGGAAAAAGUUAUUAAAGAGGUCUCCGUGCUGCUAUCAGAAGCUGGUUUCAACUUAAAAGAAGACAUUGAACUGCAUGAUCCAGUUGACAGUUGGAUGGAGGUUGAACAACAGAAUGAGGCACUACAAGAUCCACACACGAGUUCCGGUAUGUUAACAGUUGAUGAAAUGGCUACAGAAAGAGGAUGUCAAAUGCAACACCUUACAAGGCUGUCUUAUGUGUUUCCGUGUGGUUUUGUUGAGACACAUGGUUCAUGUGGUGGUAGGCCCAAUGACAUGAGGAACUUUCUUUUCACACGAUAUCCAAGGGAGUGCUUUAAUUUGCCAUCUGGUGCCCAGUCUUUUCGUGCAUUUUGGACAUCAAAAGACAGUAAAGCCAGCUAUUGUACUGGCUUUCCAAAAGCAUUGGAGGUUCAAGGCGGUGCUGUGAGAGGAGUUGUCAAUUCGCUCGUGCAGAAAUUUCCAGCCAGCAAGCGUUUUGCCUCCGUUGCAUUAGCAGUCAUUAGACAUGCUGCCUGAUAUCGAGUGCUAUGUGAAAGAACCAUUAUUUACCAUAGUUUGUCCCUUCAAACAAAGCUCGAACCAUGGCCAUGGGAUAGAGAAUACUGGAAAUAAGACCAAUAUGUGAUUGCCAACCAAAAGCAAGAGGAGACACAGAAAUUGAGGGGCCGUUUCAGCAGUCGUCAAAAUGAACAAUACAACCCAGCAUGCACCUUAAAGUAAAAACCAUAUAAGGUGAUUUACCAAACCAUUUACCAAAAGGAUCCAAUAUGCUCAUUCAUAGAGUAAGGAACAAGUUCUGACAGCCUCUCAGUAGAGAAUUCCAUAAUCACAAGUGAUAAGCAAAAGUCUCACAAAUGAAAGAGCCUCAAGUUUGCACUGCGACUACCGGAGAAAGCAGAAGCAAGAUUCCAAGAUUUCAAGGGACAAGGACUUGAUAGUGGUUUCAACUUGGAGGAAAUUUACCAUAUCUGGCGUAUGACCAGAAGAGGUCAAAUUAUUUUUGAAGUUUGACCUUCUUGUUUAAAUCUGACCGAAUACAUGCUUGCAUUUUUGCGCUCAAAUAUACAAUGGAGCUUCUAGAAAUUUUGAUUUUUCAAAUCAAACUCCUCUACGCCUCAGUAGGCUUGUGGUGUAACUUUUUCUACCUCUCUGAUAACCUUUCACCAUAUAUAUUUGGAGGAAUCUUUAAAA